AAUACGUGGCGCCCUCACCGCAAUGGCUAUGGGUUUCCUCAGUACCGGCAUUUUGGUUGGCUAUGCGCUGCCUGCAUAUCUCGACUACUUUUUGGUGCCUUGCAUUAUAAUUGUUUUGCCGAUCAUUUAUCUAAUUGCUAGCUGGGUAUUUCCAGAGACGCCACAAAGUCUGCUGAAGAGAGGACGUACUGAAAGCGCGGAAAAUUCUUUUAAUUUUUACAAAAGUAUACCCAAGCCAGAGGAGAAUGCGAGACCAAAAUUUAGUAGAGAUUUGGAAUUACCACAGCCUGUGUUGCCGGCGCGAAGCGAGUUUGAUGAAUUGAAGGAGAUUAUUCUAGCGAGUGGAUUUGCCACGCCCAUAACUAUAAAGGAUUUCUUCACCAAAUCGGCCAUAUUCAAAUUUUUCACAGCCUUCAUUAUGUGCAUUCUCAAUCAAUUCUCCAGCAGCUUCGUCUUUGUCAGCUAUAUGUCCGCUAUUUUUGCAUCAUCCGGUUCGACCAUGGACCCCAAUGAGUGUACUAUUUAUAUGGGUGUGGUUGAGAUAGCCGGCACGGUGACGUCCACUGUGCUAGUAGAACGUUUCGGUCGCAAAGUACUGUUGCUGUCAUCAACAGCGACUAUGGCAGCGUCGAUGUUUGCUUUCGGCAUUUUUGUCCAAUUCACCGAUGACGUAACGAAGGCACAAUACGAAUGGGCGCCAGUGUUGCUGAUGGCUUUGGUUGUGUACACGGCCGCUUUUGGCAUUGUUGGGCUGACCUAUACGAUUAUUGUGGAAAUUCUGCCGGCAAAG